CUUUCAAGUUGAUAAAGCACACUUCUUUCCUACCUCCCUUAUCAGCUCUAGUAUAUACCAAUAUAUACUUUGUUGGCUUCAGUAGUGAUAGGUGAAUGGGACUCCAAUGAAUAUGAAAAUCUACGAAAUACUGUUAUUUGUUGUUGGAUGCUGUGGUGUUCGAUGGGUACCGAUGAGCCUUAUAGUCAACAAUAAAUCAAUAUCUCCAGAUAAUAAUCCACUUCAGAAAAUUACUGAUAAUCAGAAGUACAGGAAUAAGGUCGUUUUAGGUGAACGUACUAUUACAAACAACACAACUGCUCCUGUUCAAAUGGGGAUGGUUGAUAACGCAAAUGGAUUGGGCUUAGUAACUAGAGUUCCUAUUGAACCUUGGAAUGGUACAACACCAAACAUUUCUGAAACGGAAGAAACUGCGAUUAUAAAAAAAACGGAUGAACUUAAACGAACACUCCUUGGGCAAAAAUACGUAAAGAACCUCUCAUUGGGCGGAGUAGAUUCUAGUAGAUCCGGAAGUGAUGAAGAAACGAACCCAAAAAGGAAUGCCAUCAGAACCCCUACACGCACCACAACAAUCGCUGUAGCUGCACUUACCGAAGCAACCCCUACGAAUAUAGCUCGUAAUGAAACGACCUCAAACAAUAAUAACACCGAAAAUUAUGAAAACAAUAAUAAAACUGCACCUAUGGAAAAAAUCCACAAGGAUCAAGUACCACCUUUGAUGAUCGUGGACUAUAAGAGUACGGCCGGGAUAAUUAGCGGUAAUUUUCGAAAUAAAAAUGAAAAAGAAGGAACCCCUACAAGCACCACACCAGUCGCUGUAGCUGCACUUACCGAAGCAACCCCUACGAAUAUAGCUCGUAAUGAAACGACCUCAAACAAUUAUAACACCGAAAAUUAUGAAAACAAUGAUAAAACCGCACCUAUGGAUAAAAUACAAAAGGAUCAAGCACCACCUUUGAUGAUCGUGGACGAUCCGAAUAUGGCCGGGAAAGUCAGCGGUGAACUUGGAACUGAAAAUGAAAAAGAUGGAGCUCCUACAAGUUCCGAAAAUAGAAACUCUUCGGAUACCAAAACAAAUUCUACAAUUCUGCCACAAUGGACCACAAAACCUACCAAUCUACAGACCACAGAGACUCAUUCUCCUCAAUUUGCCUACGUAAUACACGUAGUAAACGGAACCACUCGGACGAGACUGUGUCGUGUAGGUCGUCGACGGAAAUGGUAAAUUUAAAUUUAAAUUUAAAAGUAUAGAGUUAUAUCACUAUCUAAUAUUUGAGCAAAAAAACGCUAAAAUUAUCGCACAAUGGUUCUUUGUUUCCAGUUAUAUAUUAUAUGCCAUAUGUUAACAGUUAUAUAUCAUAUGUAACAUUACUUUGCUUGUCAUAUAGAAGAAAAUAAAUAAAAGAUGGUUCCUUAUAUUGGUCUAUAUAUAUUUUUCUUAUUCUAUUUCUUUUCCUGAAUAAAAAUUUGC